AUGCCUCGUACUUCCAAGACCUCUGCUCGAAAUAUUCCCGGCUUCCCCUCUACAACUUUCGUUCUCGACAAUGGUGGCUACAGUAUCAAAGCAGGCUUUGCGCCCUCUCAAACCCUUUCAGACACCGAGACGCUUUCAAGAUGCCACCUAAUUCCUAACGGCCUCGUCCGCACUCGGGACAAGAAAAUAUACGUCGGAGCGCAAUCCGAGGAGAUCACCCAAUGGAGCGAAGCCUUGUUCCGCCGACCGGUGGAGAAUGGACAAGUUGUGAGCUGGGAGGCACAGAAAGAGAUAUGGGAUCAAUCAUUCUUCGACGAACGUACUGCCAGACGAGAUCUUCUCGUCCGGGCCCCCGAGGACACGACGUUGAUUUUCACCGAACCUCCCAAUGCGAUGCCGGCGUUGCAGAAGAAUGCCGACGAGAUUAUCAUGGAAGAAUGGGGAUUUGGUGGCUACUCAAGGGUUAUCGGCCCGACACUUAACGCAUACAAUGAUCUUCAUCCUCUUUUUGAAGAGACUCCGAUGGAUUCGACGCCCCCCCUUGCCGACCUCCCCAUGGAAUGCCUCCUUGUCAUCGAUAGUGGCUACAGCCAUACGACAGUUACCCCCCUCUUCAAUGGACGUCCGCUACAUCGUGCGAUACGCCGGUUGGACUUCGGAGGCAAGCACCUUACAAACCUCCUCAAAGAGGUCAUCUCCAUCCGUCACUUCGAUUUACACCAAGACACCAAAAUCGUCAACGACAUCAAAGACGAUGUGUGUUUCGUCAGCCAAGAUUUCAGAAAUGAUCUCGAGAAGACGUGGAAAGGAAACAAAGGACGUCUGAAAACAGCUCCGACCAAAGAGCAAGAUUCCGAUCAAAGUGCCAUGGACGUCGACCGGAAUCCCUCCGGUGACGAGAUUCGAGUCGACUACAUUCUCCCCGACGGCAUCCAUCUACUAAGGGGCUUCAGCCGACCUCACGACCCUUCCCCCGCCGCACGACAACGCAAACCAGCCACCCUCUCCGCCUCCAAUCCCGCCGACGCCGAGAUCUCUAUGACGUUGGGGAACGAACGAUUUUCCGUCCCCGAAAUCCUCUUCUCACCCAGCGACAUCGGCUCCAAACAGCCCGGUCUCGCCGACAUGGUGAUGCAAUCGCUUUCAGUGCUCCCUCCGCUCGUCCAAGCCACGAUGCUCAGUAACGUUCUUGUCGUUGGCGGAAGCGCGAAGAUGCCAGGCUUCGUGGAGAGGAUUGAAGCCGAGCUUCGCACGAGGAUUAAGACGGAAUGGAUGGUUCGAGUGCGCAAGAUGGACGAUCCUAUCAAGUCGACGUGGCUCGGAGGCGCGAGGAUGGCGAGCAGCUUCCCUCAAGUCGUGAGAGAGUAUGGUGUUACCAGAGAUGAGUACCUGGAGCACGGAAGCGCUUGGGUCACCAGACGCUUUGUCAGUGGAGGGAGCGGAAAAGGUCCGUGA